ACUCUUAAUAAAUACAAGACGUCUGCUUACUCAGGUUUAAAUUAGGAUUAUGUUCAUGGACGCGCUCUGACAAAACCCUAAUGGAAGUCGUGUGAGGCUGAGAAAGAGGGGAGGAGACAUAGUGGGAGGGAGGAGAGACAGCAACCGAGAGAAACGAGAAACAGAUUGAGAGGGAGACGAUUGACUCGUUGCUCUGUGGAACCAGGGGUUUUCUCUCACUUUAGUUUUUUCCUGCACUUUUCUAACUGGCCCAGUGAGGACGUCCCAGCAGACAGACAGCUUCCCAUAGAGUUCCCCUGGGAGUGGACGAGAAAGUGCCCUGAGGUCGGGGGGAAAACAGCUCCUCGCCAUUGCCAUGUCUGCUCCUGGUUACCCAGACUCCUACAACCAGCCACCCUAUCCCAUGCCUCAGCAAGGCGGCCAAUCCGUUGCCCCUUAUCCUGUUUCUCAGGGAGGGUAUGGAGAUCCGGGUCAAGCUCCUCCCCCGGGCUUCAAUAUGGGCUACAACCAAGGCCUGCCUCCAGUCAUGUACCAGCCGGGACCAGUCGUCACAGCUCCAGGGGCAGAGUAUGGAGGACCUCCCCAAGCGAUCUCCCCGGCCCCGGUCCCUGGGCAAGCUGCAGCUCCGGUUGGGGUACCUCCGGGGCUCGAGUACCUCACACAGAUCGAUCAAAUCCUGAUUCACCAAAAAGUGGAGCUCCUGGAAGCGUUCAUCGGGUUCGAGACCAACAACCAGUACGAGAUAAAGAACAGCCUGGGCCAGAAGAUCUACACGGCCAAGGAGAAGAACGACUGCUGCACCAGGAACUGCUGCGGCUCGCUGCGCAGCUUCGACAUGAAGAUCAAGGACACCAUGGAUCGGGAGGUGAUCCGCCUCGUCCGGCCGUUCCGCUGCGUCUCCUGCUGGUGUCCCUGCUGUCUGCAAGAGAUGGAGGUCCAGGCGCCGCCCGGCACCACCAUAGGCUACGUGAAGCAGCUCUGGCACCCUUUCCUGCCUCGGUUCUCCAUCCAGGGAGCGAACAAGGAGUCGCUGCUGGUACUGGAAGGGCCCUGCUUCGCCUGCAACUGCUGUGGGGACGUCAACUUUGAGCUGAAGGGGAAAGAUGGAGGCAAGCCCAUCGGUCGCAUCAGCAAGCAGUGGAGCGGUCUCCUGAAAGAGGUCUUCACCGACACGGACAACUUUGGCAUCCAGUUCCCGCUGGACUUGGACGUGAAGAUGAAAGCCGUGCUCAUGGGAGCCUGCUUCCUCAUCGAUUUCAUGUUUUUCGAGAAGGUCGGCGAGGCCAACCAGCGCAGCAGCGUGUUUUCAUAACAGAGGAGAAGGAAAGGACGGGGAAACGACAGCAUGGGAGGAAGGACAUUAUCCAGUUAUGCAUGCUCUGUUUAUGUACUUUUUCUUAUAUCUUUUUUAAUCUUCACAAGAUUCCAGCCAAUACGGUGCUAACACCACAUGUUCAGACCAAUAUGAGCUAAUGAACCCGUGAUUCCAGAUGUCUGACGCCAUGUUGCCUUACACUCCGUGUCAAAAGAAACCAACUUAACCUCCAUGUGUUUUUCAGUGCCUACUAAAAAAAGGAAAUUAGCAAAUAUGUACACACAGGAUUUUGAAUUUCUCUAUGCUGCACUGGUAUUGACUUUUCAUUAUUUAUGCUUUGCGAUUAUUAUUGCACUUUUAUACAUACUUGGAGAGAAGAAUAGACCAGACAGAGGCAGGCGGUCACUCCACCACUUUGGUCAAGUCUGAAAUAUUUUAACAACUUCCAGGUGAAUUGUCACGUAGCUCUGAACUGACUGUCCUGGUCCACAGGGGACGAACUUAAGCUCAGAAGCUGUGUGACCCAAUACCCUUUUAUUUAACAAGCGCAUGCUAACAUUUAGCUUGAAGCACUGCUCAGCCUAGCACAUACUCCUAGAGCUGAUAGUAGCCCAUUGGUAACCGCUGCAGUCUUUAUCUUAUAACUUAUAAAAACAACUUAAGUACUACCGGCAGUAAUCUAUUGUUAUUUAGCUUGCGAACGCUGCCACUUUACGCAUUUGAAGCCAGAGGUUGUAAAGCCACGGUAUGGAGGUCCCAUCUAUACCUGUGCUCAACCAAUCCAAUUUUAUUCGACAUGAACUUUGACUUUUUAGUUUAGGUCCAUUUCUCAUCCACUAACACGGACAAGGCAGGUUUAAUGAUCUAUUCUGCGUCUAGCCACUAGGGGGUGAGCAAGAUGUUUACGUCACAGCCAUGUCGUCCCUCUUUCUGUAAAGUCUAUGGGCGUGACAGUGAGACCAAUGGGAGGAUGUUGAAUAUCUUGUAGUCGGCGUUGACGCAUGCGCUGACAGUGAUGGAAAGUGGAAAAAAUGGGAAAGGAAAUAAGAAAGCAGAAGUUGACGGUUGGUGAAUGUCGAUCUGACGUUUUGGGGGAAAAACACACUGUGUAUAAAAAGUGAGGUGACUAAUAAAAUGUUCUGUCGUUUCUACAAAGUGACCUGAACGGCAGGUUAAUGUUGAUUACUGCUAUUUGAUUCAUAUAUAACAUCCUCAUGAAAUACCAUGGGCGUGCCUCCAUUGGGGCUCGGAUGCCACUAAUGCUCUUCAAUCCAAAUCUCUCUAUUGCACUGUCUCUAACCGUGUCUCAUUAUAUGUGCAAACUGUAUAUACGCAACCAUUCGUCUGUCUGCAGUCGGACCUCUGAGGAUGUCCAGUACACAUUUGUUCUUCGGGUCAGGUUCAUCUGCAGAUUGUGCCUUUUUCGAAUCAGUUGAAUCUGCAGCCGACGGCACCAGUACACAUCUUUGUGCUACUUUCAUUUUGAAUGUGUGUCUUGUGAUUGUUAUAUACUUUUUCUACAUAAAGAAUACGAUGUGAAUGUUCAA